AUGAAAGAAGAAAUUAAUUUAGGACUGAAAGAUUAUAACUUAGAGAGGGAUACAGAUGGAAAUAAAGAAAAAAUAAAAGAUAAGAAAAAUAAAAAAGCAGAAAAUUUUGGAUUAAAUGACAUUUUAUAUUAUAAGGAGAAUUUCAAAGUUUUAAAAAAAUUUUUUAUUUUUGUAUUAUUAAUUAUAUUAUCUCCUGUAAUUUUAAUAGUACUAUAUAAUUACUUCUUCAAGAUUUUCUUUAAAUUAUCGAAAAAUGAUUCAUUACUCUAUAGUUUAUAUUUUGUUAUUUUCUACAUUUUAUUUUUAACCUUUUUAUAUGCUUAUUUAGCUUUUAAAGAAGACAAUAAUACUACAAACAAUAAUACAAUAAAAGAAGAAAAAAAAGAGAAAUAG